ACCCAUCCUGCAUUUCCCACCACCGACUCGUCCGGAAAACGUGCGCUAGCUUCCGGACGUCGUUCGUCCGAGUUCAGUCAAGUGAGUCGACUCGCACGUACCUCCUCUCCGACGAAAACGAUCGCAGAGGGUUCUUCGCUCCGGAAAAGCGGGAGUGUUGGCGCGUGCCGGCGAGAAUUUAAAGGGCCCGGUGGUAUCGGUAGAGAGAGAGAGAGAGAGAGAGAGAGAGCGUCGACCAGUCGAAGAUAUCUGACGCUUAAAAUAAUUCGCCGAUUGAAUUCCCAACGGCGUUUAGGAUGUAGAGAGACGUUCUCGUCCUCGCAAAACCUUCGAUUUGGUACCCCACGAUCUUUGAAAAUAUCACAACGUGGUGUCCGUAUUUCGGUAUCCAUAAAAGGGAGAGAAAGAACCUUUUUCCAAUCCCUCGGGAGAUUGUAGCCUCGCGUUGAUUCUGACUGAUCGGUCGACUGAUCGUUCGUAUAUCCUACUCGGAUUCUCCCGGUGAACCAUCAUCGGUUGGUCGGUCGCGGUCGGUGAUUAUCGACGCAACUACGGGGAUCACAUCGGUGGUGAGAGUGCGUGCACGGGGGGGUGUGUGAUGCCCUGGUUAUGGUUAACCGUGAGUGAGGUCAGUGGCAAGAGGCGGAGAAGAAGAAUCGGUAGCAGAACGUCAAGCGGAUUGUCACCACCCUCGUCAUCGCUGCUGCCGCCGCCGUUGCUGCCGUCGUCGUUGUCGUCGUCGUUAUCGUCGUCGUUCUGCCAGCCGUUCUGGAGACGACGAGAGCAGUGACCGCGCAAGGUCGACCUCGAGGCAGAGGCACGCGAUUAUGGUGCACCAUCAUCAUCGUCGCCGCGGCCUCCAGGCGACCCACCACUGUGCCACUGGGAGUCGCAUAGGCAUCUCACUCUUCCAGAUUCUCCUGUUAAUCUUCAGCUUCUUGCUGCCCGUGCUCGACAACAGCGGCUUUGCUCUGGCGUGUGGACCUGGCAGAGGCGCCGGCCGACGGCCGAAUCUGAGAAAGCUCACCCCUCUGGUCUUCAAACAACAUGUGCCGAAUGUCAGCGAGAACACCUUGCCAGCGAGCGGACUUAGCGAGGGAGCGGUGUCUAGGUAUGACGCCAAGUUCCGAGAUUUGGUACCCAAUUACAACACGGACAUCGUCUUUAAGGACGAGGAAGGCACCGGCGCCGAUCGUCUUAUGACACAGAGAUGCAAGGAGAAGCUCAACACUCUGGCGAUCUCGGUGAUGAACCAAUGGCCCGGGAUAAAGCUGCGGGUGACCGAGGCCUGGGAUGAGGAUGGCAUGCACGCGUCGGACUCCCUGCACUACGAGGGACGAGCGGUCGAUGUGACGACGAGCGAUCGCGAUCGCGCCAAGUACGGGAUGCUCGCGAGACUCGCGGUCGAGGCUGGCUUCGACUGGGUCUACUACGAGUCCAGGUCGCACAUCCAUUGCUCCGUCAAGUCCGAAUCGUCUUCAGCGGGCAAGUCCGGUGGCUGCUUCCCCGGGAAGAGUCUGGUCCGAACGGAGGACGGCGGCACGAAGAGGCUGGACGAGGUCCGUCUCGGCGAGCGUAUCGCCGCCCUGGAUCGUGGCGACGUCGUGUACAGCGAGGUGAUCGCCUUCCUGGAUCGUUCCCCGUCCGAGAGGAGACAGUUCAUCCGCUUGACGACCAAGUCCGGCCGCGUUCUCACGUUGACGCCGGCACAUCUGGUGCCGGUCGAGGGUCGGUCAUCGGUGUUCGCCGCCAGUGUGCAACCCGGCGACCGCAUCAUCGUGAGUGAUCACACCGGUGCGGCUGGCGUGACCAACGAAGUGGACAGCCAGCUGCGGUGGGACACCGUCGUCGAGACGAAGCUGGUCCUCGAGGAGGGGGUUUACGCCCCGCUCACGAUGGAGGGCACCCUCGUGGUGGACGACGUCGUCGCGUCCUGCUACGCCGUCGUCAACAGUCAGUCGGUGGCGCAUUACUCCUUCCUGCCGUUGAGGCUCUGGCACAGCGUGGCGUCCUUCUUCGUGCAGAGGUUGGGCGAGCCGCGACAAGUGGCGAGACCCAGCAACGCGUCCAGAACGGAGCCGACGACGGGACGGGGCGAGGGCGUUCACUGGUACGCGUCGAUGCUCUACUCGAUGUCGUCGUACGUAUUGCCCUCGGCGAUGCUCUACAACUGAGACAUCGCGGUCCAAUAAGGGCGAGAGGCGCCUCGCGCUCCGAGCGAAGUGUCGAGUGACUUCGUCGAGGACUGGCUCGAGUGUGUGGCAACACGAGUGACACGUUUUCAUAGACCUUUUCAUGCUCUAGCUACAAAACUUUAGUGUUGAUUAGUAAUCGUCGAAACUUUCUUUUUUUUUAUCGUCGGGAUCGUCGUCACGGAUUCCGAUUACGAGGCGUGUUGAAGAUGAUCGUUAAUCGGUAUGACUGUGGAGAGAAAAAAAUGGGGUCUCCAUGGCGAGAAAUGUGUGUACUUAAUCGCAGAACAAAAGACAUAAAGUUGGCCAGUGACCUAUCAGUGUUCACCGAAUGACGUGUAGUAUAUUAGAUCCUUAGGACGAUAGAGAAAAAUAGAUGGAAAAUAAAGAAAUUUCAGAGAGAAUCCGGGAUUGUUCUCUUUACAUUUUAAAUGUACACUGAUACAAUAUAUCGAUAUACCAAUAACUUUUUUCUUUUUAGUGUUCGCGAAUUAUACUUUUCGAUAUAUUUGUUUCUAAAGUAUCGAAAGAAGUUGCCUUUGUAUAUCGUGAAAAGUGUAAAAUAAUUAUCACCAAUAUUGUCCUAUUGUAAUAUUAUCUCAAAACAAUCCUUUCGAUGUAGUGGGCAACAAAAAACCUUUAUAGUU